AUGAAACAACCACAACAAAAAAAGAAGAAGAAGCAGCAGCAGCAACAGCAGCAGCAGCAACAGCAGCAGCAGCAGCAGCAGCAGCAGCAGCAGCAGGAGAGUUAUUUUAAUUUAGGAGAUAUAAUUAGAGAAGCAGAAGAAGAAGACCUAGAGGAGACAAGACAAGCGAGGCUAGCAGCAGCAGCAACAGCAGCAGCAGCAGCAGCAGCAGCAGCAGAAUCAGCAGGAGGAGUGAAUCAAUCUGCUGCUGCAGCAGAAGGAACAACAACAGCAGCAGCAGCAGCAGCAACAACAGCAGCAGCAGCAGCAAACCCACUUUCUUUUUUUAUGGGUAUUAGCGGCAGAGUAUAUGAGGAAGAAACAGAAGAAACAGAAACAAAAAAAACACAAAAUAAAAUACAACAGCAGCAGCAGCAGCAGCAGCAGCAGCAGCAGCAGCAGCAGCAGCAGCAGCAGCAGGAGAAGAAGAAGAAGAAGAAAGAAGAGAUAGAUGGGGUGUAUCUGCAGCUAAAAUAG